AUGGGUGAUUUCAAUUUAAAAAUUCGCGCAAUUUCUUCCCAGUGCAGCAAAUGUGUGGGAAACUUCGGACUUGGGUUACGUUACGAAAGAGGUGAAAGAUUCAUGCAGUUCGCAGACGAGAAUAACAUGGUAGUGGUGAACAGUCUAUUCCAACACCAUCCACGUAGACUGUUCACCUGGACGUCACCUGGAGGUAGAACCAAAAACCAGAUCGACUACAUACUAAUAAGAUCACGUUGGCGCACCUCUAUUCUUAAUGCCCACACGCUUCCUGGGGCUGACUGUGGUUCCGAUCACGAACUCGUUAUCGCAAAGAUGAGGUUGAUGCUCAAAGCCGCGGCAGAUAAUGAGAAAUUCACUACAGCCAUUGAGCGGAGUUGGAAAGAUUGGACAGUUGUGAACCACACCGAAGCUAUACCAGACAUGCUAUGGAAUAAGGCUAAACAACUCAUCCAAAAUGCAGUCACGGAGUCUAGUCCAAAAAGAUCAGAAACGCGUAAACGUCAACACUGGAUGAUGGACAGCACCCUUGCUCUUAUAGAAGAGAGGCGCCUUAAGAGAGCCGCAGGAGCAGAUAUAAGAGAACUGAAUCAGCCUUCUGCUAACAUCCAAGUCUGCUGCAGGUACCAAGCGAGCGUACUAAUCCUCACCUACUUUACAUACAUGACAUAUCACCUAACUCGAAAACCGAUAUCGGUGGUAAAGAGCAUCCUUCAUCAGAACUGCAGUGCGCUACCACCACGGCCGGGCUUGACUGCCGCUGAUGACCAGUGGUGUAAUUGGGCGCCGUUCAAUACGGAUGACGCGAAUACGCUACUUGGCGCUCUUGACUCCGCUUUCUUAUUCAGCUAUGCAGGGGCUAUGUUUAUAUCCGGUAUGAUCGCCGAAAGAGUGGAUUUGAGGUAUUUCCUCUCAUUUGGGAUGCUAUUUUCAGCAAUUUUGUGUUAUCUCUUCGGCCUCGCGAAAACAUUUAAUAUACAUGACAUAUCAUAUUAUAUCAUUGUACAGGCAUGUGCAGGCAUAGCUCAAACUACCGGGUGGCCCGGCACGGUGGCCAUAGUCGGUAAAUGGUUCGGAAAUAGUAAAAAGGGACUCAUUUUCGGAAUUUGGAACUCGCAUACGUCUUUGGGAAAUAUAUUGGGCACAGUAAUGGCGGCUGAAUAUGUGGAAAGUGAUUGGGCGUUGUCGUUCGUUUACCCAGCGUUAGUUAUGGGAAUAGUAGGCUUUCUGGUGUUUUUGUUUCUCGCUGCCGAACCGAGAUGCGUUGGUCUCACUGUAGAAAGACCAAUGCCGAGCAGAGAGGCCCGAAGAUCUGUUGAUGAAGAAGAGCCGUCACAGGUCAUUGUUGGUGAUCAGACAGCCAGCCUACGACCAAACCGACAUUCUGCUAACUCGCCCCCGUAUCAAGAAGAGGAGCCCUCAGAAUCGAGCGCACUCCUCGGUCGCUCUCGAUCGCACACUGGCGCCGUCUCUCUCUCUCGCGCGAUGUUGAUACCCGGAGUGAUAGAAUUUUCUCUAUCCUUGUUUUUCGCAAAGCUUGUCAGCUAUACCUUUCUCUAUUGGCUGCCGCUUUAUAUAAAGUCUUCCACAUCCCUAACUCCACGUCAAUCUGGUGAAGUUAGUACAGCAUUUGACGUUGGUGGAGUAUUGGGCGCCAUCGUGGCCGGACUUUUAUCGGACGUAGUCGGAUGUCCGGGUAUAGUCUGCACCGUUUUCUACUUCCUAUGCGCUCCAACGCUUCUCUUCUACCAGUGGUGGGGUGCCACGUCUUAUUAUUUGAACAUAGGGUUACUUGUAAUAGCUGGUGUUUUAGUUAACGGACCGUAUGCAUUGAUAACUACGGCGGUUAGUGCGGAGCUGGGAACACACAGCAGUUUGUCGGGUGAUUCACAAGCACUAGCCACUGUCACUGCCAUCAUUGAUGGUACGGGCAGUAUUGGAGCAGCUGUUGGUCCUUUAUUAGCAGGAGUUGUGUCAAGUGCUGGAAGUUGGUCGCAUGUCUUUUAUAUGCUGAUUAUAUGCGACUAUAUGGCUCUCGUCUUCCUAAUACGAAUAGUAAAAUCAGAAGUACAAAAAAUACGUCAGAACAGGAGGCUGGCAUCGCCGCGACUCGUGCGCAUCGAGUAG